UCGAUUUGCUUAUAAUUUUUUAUAUUUUUAUUUAAUCUUAUGUAAUGUUAUUUAAGUUUGGUAUUCUUUGGUCUUUUAAUUUUCGUAAAUUUUUAAUUUAAUUUAAAGAUAUUUUUAGUUGUUUGAAAAUAAGAUUGAAUACAGAGUAAAAUAGAUUUUGAUUAUUAGCAGUGUUCAUAGAUAUGGCAAAUGUGUAGAUGGCGAAAUUAAGGGAUUGAAACCCUUCACUCUUCAGAUAUCGGACUCUCGCCGCUGAUGCUAAACUCCAAGGGGUAAUGCUUUGAAGGACUAAUAUUUUGGAUCCCCGAUUGGAGAUACAUGGGAUUGUCUAACAUGGAUGAACUAAGUUUCACUGAUUCUGAGCUCGAUAAUCAUGUUAGAAAUGCACUCAAAGCGGCCAUUCAGGGUGACUGCGACUUUUAUAACCAGCUUGUGGCAGUGAUACACCGUAAAGAAGCUCUUGUUACUGAAGAGGUUGCCCUUCUUGUGACAUGCCUGAAAGCUAUGACUGGAGCAGUCUCAUGUGUACACAUUGUUCAUCAUCGGUCUCUACUUGCUGCUAUACUAAGCAUGAGCUUGUGGGAUUAUGGAACAGAUGUGAUGGAUGCAUUGGUUGAAUUGCUUAUUUCCUUGGCUUCAUCAAAUGGGGAUUAUGUUGAUUUAUGCUUGGAGAUGCUUGUAAUGAAUUUCAUGCCACCUCCUGCACACUCAGCUCGGGGUCUUUCUAAAAAGAUUCAAGUUCUUGAUCGUGUCCAUUCAACCUUGGAAGAUAUUUCAAAUCUAGUUCCUCUUACGCCCCUCAGACUACAGAAAAUAGUGAGGGACAAAAUGCCGCAUAUAUACAUGAAAGAACAUGUCAUUAUGAUUUAUGCGGAGAAUAUCUUGAGAUUGGAGAGUGGUGUGAUGGGUGAACUUGUUGGUAGCACUGGCUUGGUCGCAUUAAUGGACAAACUAAUAGAGUUUGAUGUGGAAAUUUCUUGGGAGGAUAUUGUUCAGGAUGAUUUCCAUAAGGAUAUGUUCGAUAUAGAACUAGAAGAUCUCGAGAACCCUGUAGAUGAUAUUGUGCAAGAUGGUGAUGAGCUUACUAGGGAUGUCUUAAUCCAAAGGUUUCUUAGUUCAAACUUGAGUGCUCAAAAGUUGGAUAGUCUGAUGGUUCUCAUAUUUGAAUACCUUAAAUCUUGUUCUGAGGGUGGUCGUCUGGUUCAGGUGUUUGAGACUCUCCUCCAAUCAUUUCAGAAAACAACUUUGACAGCUUACAAAUCAAAAUUUGCUCAAUUUAUCAUGUUCUAUUCUAGCUCUCUGGAUCCUGACAACUGUGGAAAGAUGUUCGCUAAUGCUCUUAUAGAUAUCUAUGUGAGUGGCCUCAAUCCUGUAUGGAGAAUGAGUGCUGUUGCAUACCUUGCAAGUUAUCUGGCUCGUGCCAAAUUUAUCCCCAUCUCAUUUGUUGCCACAAUGCUGGAAAGAAUGGUUAGCUGCUGUUUCCUUUAUUGCGAAAAUCAGGACGAUAACAUUAAUCCAAAAGCGCAUAAACUAUUUUAUGCUGGUUGUCAGGCUAUAAUGUAUGUGCUUUGUUUUCGCUUGAAACAAUUGCUUGUUAUUCCUCGGCUGAAGUCCCAACUGCUGCUCAUGCGCAUCGACGACAUCCUUAAGCAUCAUUUGAGCCCAUUGCAGGUAUGCCUGCUAUCAAUAGUAGAAGAGUUUCUACGGCUGGUCAAAGAAAAUGGCAUAUUUUCUCUGCCUGAAACACUUGUUGAACAUGGUCUCUUGGAAUCAGAGCGUUCCAGGAUAUUUGGUGGGAUAGAAAGAUUAGACAUGUUCUUCCCAUUUGAUCCUUGCCUAUUGAGGAAAUGUGACAGCUACAUCCGGCCAAAUUAUGUGUACUGGUCAAUGGUGAGAAGCACUUAUUAUGAAGAUGAGGAAGCAGAAGGCACAAGUGAUGAGGAUGUUGCUGAGGGUGACAACGGGAUGAAUAUUCCAGAUGGCAGGAGUCACGGUGAGGGAGAUUCCGAUGGCGACUCUUCUUUGGAUAAAAUGUCGAUUACACCUAGGGACUCAAGUCACAAAUUCGGGGGCAGAAUGCGGAGAUUUACGCAGAUGCCUUCCAAGAUCAGACCUUCAACAAGCCCGGAGUCAUUGUGAUUUAGUGUCAUAUUAGGAUAGUUGAAACAAUGUUUCACACUUGUUGGGAUAUAGAUUAGAUAGCUCUUCUAAACUCGUGUUUGUUUGCCAUGUUAAGAGUUUUAUAGUGAGCAAACAACAUUUUUGAAUGAUGGAAAUAACCUUAUUGAAUUUUGAAUUUUACAUGCAUUGGUUGUAGACUUAAA